CACAAGCCGACGGACAAGCCGACGGAUAAGCCGACGGACAAGCCUACGCACAAGCCUACUGAUAAGCCAACACACAAGCCUACUGAUAAACCAACGGGCAAACGGCCUACAUCUGGGCCUGUCAGACGCAAACAAACCUGGCAUAAGAAAACCUCUCAAAAGCUAAAGGCAAAGCCAUAUAUACCGAAGCAACAAUUUUCAAUCAAGUCCAAGCCGCUUUCAGUUACAUCCUUAUGUGUUAACUAUCCGCGACUCUGCCAACAGCCAGAGGAGUCGGAGUUUGUGGAACUAGACGAUGGCAGUGGCAAACCUUUAAUUCUCAUAACACCAGCUAAGAAUAUCAAGAAGAAAACUGCUAGAAAGCCAACUUAUAUAGCCACGCGCAGGCCUCAAAGACAACGCAUAAGCGUGCCCGAUACACGUCGCGCCUAA